AUGGCCAGCUCACCCUCCUAUGGCGACCGGCCACCGCUUCAAGGCUACCGCAGGUCGUUCACUCUUCCCCCACGCGUGCUCUCCUUCCACGAACGUGCAGGUCUUAACGAGGCUGACGCCGAUUCCAACAUCCUAUUCUCGCACCCUUCUGCCCGUAUUAUCGCAUUCUCGCCUCCUACAGAUUCGAUCCCAUCGACUAGCAAGGAAACACUGCCGGAAACCGAUUACCCUGUCGAUACCAUUGAGACUCUACCAUGGCGGUCACGGACGGAGAUGCUGGCUGCCACCGGGCCGAUAGUGAUCGAAAAGGUUCGAGGAUCGAGCAAUUUCCUGAAGUCUGCCGAUCAAAAGGUGAUCCAUACCAUCAUGCGGAAUUCACAGUGCUGGUGCGUCGACGGUGAAUCGAAAUUCGUUUUGCGGAUUGGGAAAUUCCGGUACUAUAGGAUCGAGUUGCCAGCGGAAACAGAGGCGGAUAAAGAAAAGGUUCAAGAACUCAAAACGGUCUUGGGCAAAAUCCUACGGUUCGAAAGGACGCCGUGCCCUUUCAAAAGAGCAUUCCACGUUGACCUACCAGACGAUGCUAUUACGCCUCGACGGAAAGGGGCAUGGAAAAGAAAGCAGGUUCCGAUUUCCACAGCGCCCAAUACCGACCCAUUACCCUUGCAGAGGAUCAAAACCACUCGCACAUGGAGCUUGCAGGGACAAGGUACCCCGACUCCGCUUCAGGCAUAUGGUCGUCGCGGCUCAGACUAUGGGUUCAGCGCCAGUCGUGGUCCAUCUCCACGGCCCCAAUACGAACCAGAUGGGUAUCGUCCUGCUACACCGUCCAGCCUUGCGUCUAGCGAGGAAGUUGGCGACAUUAAGCAUGAUGAGACUUCCAGCGAAGAAGGGUCUCAUCAGGAAACACCCAACUCGAACCAGGAUAACAGCAGCGAAUCCCUCAACAUGGCAAGCCCACUAAAGUCGCCUGUUGUGUGUGAAGACGCACCCUCCCCCGGACAGCUAAGCGAGACGGUCGCUGAGAUGCCAGAGCUAUCAGACCGGGCAGAGCACCUUUCGACACCUACUAUGGCGACAUCGCCGAUAGAACCUCACUUCGAAGACGCAGGAGCACCAACAGAACCUCUCCCAUCAGCCGUGGUGGAAGGCGCUGUAUUGGUCGAAGGAGCCGACGAGGAAGAUGUGCAGAGAAGCGAUAACGAGCAUAGUACCCAACCAGUGUCGAAUCUAGCGGCCGUUGAGGUCCCCGAAAUCGGUUCCUCGCCAAAUGACGAACUCGACGCCUCCUCAGAGGGCGCGCCAGCAGAGUUGCCGGAAAAGCAGACAUCGGCGCCUUUUGAAGAGCUUGGUGACAUCUCACAGCCGACUCAUAGACCCGACUCUUGCACGCCCGUUGAGAGCACAAACCAGGAUCUGCUCCCGGGUAAGGUAGAAGACCCCGAACCUGUGGGGAUUGUGCCGCACGAGCAGACACCCGAGGCUGCCCUCAGCAGGGUUUCAAGUGCGGAUUCUUUUCACACGACCGCAUCUCUGGCACAGGAAAUGCUGGAUGGAAAUGUCGAGAGCAUAGACAUUGAGAGGACCCCUCAAACGGAGACGUUCAACCCAUUUUCUAUCAACGUUCACCAACACCGACGAGACAUCUCCGAAUUGACUGUGACAGCUUCCACGGUUGAUGAACAUGUCGAGGAAACCCUCGAUCCUAGAUCACCGAUAAGGGACUCAUUCGAAGAAGCUUCAACACCAGCACUUGGAAGGUCCACCGCAUCAGAGUCAUCCUGGCCGGAGGUGCAGACCCCAUCCCCAUUGAAUGAUGGGCUGAGGCGACGCUUGAAUAUGAAACGAUCACUAUCACCGCUACCACCAUCUGCAACAUUGUUCUCACCUUCAUCAUCACCGAGCCAAGGAGGCCAUUUCACCGCGGCGAUACUUCAGAAGGCAUGCAACGUGGCACUUGUCAAACCUGUCGAGGCUGUCGUCUUGCUGGUGCACAUCUUGGCUCGGAUUGCGGGCGGAGCAACCGUCAACGAUCUUCUCAGCGGAGACCUGUUCCGACGACCGGAGCAACACCGACGGAGAUCGAGCUUUCCCGACCAAGUGAGCUCCAUGCGACUUGACUCUGAGGAUGAAGAUGACUUUGGCGUUCCUCUCCGUGGGAGACCACAGAGUGCCGACGUCAAAUCGACAACCACAAUUCAAGGAGACCAUCCGGAUUCAAUAUUCGACUUGGAUUGA